UCGCAGGGGGGUGUUUCUGAAGGCAUGCACGGCCAUGGCCACCGCGGGGAAGCCCUGCGAGCCCGGCGGCCCUCGUCACACCAACCGCCUCAUUAACGAGAAGUCCCCCUAUCUCCUCCAGCACGCCCACAACCCCGUGGAUUGGUACCCCUGGGGUCAGGAAGCCUUUGAUAAAGCAAAGAAAGAAAACAAGCUGAUAUUUCUGUCAGUUGGCUAUUCCACCUGCCACUGGUGCCAUGUGAUGGAGGAGGAAUCCUUCAAGAACAAGGAGAUCGGCGAGAUUAUGAACAAGAACUUUGUGUGCAUAAAAGUGGAUCGUGAGGAGCGGCCUGAUGUGGACAAAGUGUACAUGACCUUUGUGCAGGCAACCAGCGGUGGAGGCGGCUGGCCCAUGAGUGUCUGGCUCACUCCCGACCUCAAACCCUUUGCGGGGGGCACAUACUUCCCCCCCGAUGAUCGAGUUUACCGGGUUGGCUUUCGCACUGUGCUGCUCCGAAUCGCUGAGCAGUGGAAUCAGAACAAAGAUGCUCUGCUGGAGAACAGUCAGAAGAUCAUGGAAGCACUUCAGAUCCAUGCUCGGAUCUGUGGCCAGGCCCAGGAGUCACCUCCACCAUCCCAAGAGGUGAUGGCCAUGUGUUUUCAACAGCUCUCCAAGUCCUAUGAUGAAGAGUAUGGUGGCUUCUCAGAGUUCCCAAAAUUUCCCACUCCAGUGAAUUUGAAUUUCCUCUUCACAUACUGGGCCUUGCACCGAACAACCCCAGAAGGCGCCCGGGCACUGCAGAUGGCCACCCACACCCUCAAGAUGAUGGCCUACGGGGGCAUCCAUGACCACAUCGGGCAGGGCUUUCACCGCUACUCCACUGACCAGCACUGGCACGUCCCUCACUUUGAGAAGAUGCUGUAUGACCAGGGACAGCUGGCAACCGCGUACACCAGAGCCUUUCAGGUCUCCGGUGAUGAAUUCUUUGCUGAUGUUGUUGGAGAUAUUCUGCUCUACGUCUCCCGGGACCUAAGUGACCAGGCUGGAGGUUUCUACAGCGCAGAAGAUGCCGACUCCUACCCGAGCGCCACGUCUGGAGAGAAGCGAGAAGGGGCGUUCUGCGUGUGGACCGCCGAGGAGAUCCGGGCCCUCCUCCCUGAGCCUGUUGAGGGGGCUGCAGAAGGGACAACCCUGGCAGAUGUCUUCAUGCACCACUAUGGGGUGAAGGAGGAUGGCAACGUGAGCCCCGCGAAGGACCCCCACGGGGAGCUGAAGGGCAAGAACGUCCUUAUUGUGCGCUCGUCGCCGGCACUGACGGCGGCCCGUUUUGGGCUGGAGCCGGGGCGGCUCGACGCCCUGCUGUCGCAGGGCCGCCGGAGGCUGGCAGCGGCUCGGGCACAGCGGCCACGGCCACACCUGGACACCAAGAUGUUGGCAUCAUGGAACGGACUGAUGAUCUCGGGCUUUGCCCAGGCCGGGGCGGCCCUGGCCAAGGAGGAGUACGUGUGUCGGGCUGCGCGCGCCGCCCACUUCGUGCGCAGGCACCUUUUCGACGCCGCCAGCGGGAGGCUGCUGCGGAGCUGCUACCGGGGCCAAGACAGCGCCGUGGAGCAGAGCGCUGUGCCCAUCCAAGGGUUCCUGGAGGACUACGUCUUUGUCAUCCAGGCUCUCUUUGACCUGUACGAGGCCUCGCUGGACCAGGGCUGGUUGGAGUGGGCCUUGCAGCUCCAGCACACACAAGACAAGCUCUUCUGGGAUCCCAAAGGCUUUGCGUAUUUCUCCAGCGAGGCUGGCGAUCCCUCUCUGCUCCUCCGCCUGAAGGACGACCAGGAUGGAGCAGAGCCCAGCGCCAACUCUGUCACUGUCAUGAACCUGCUCCGAGCAGCCUCUUACUCCGGCCACAUGGAGUGGGUGGAAAAAGCCGGGCAGAUCUUGGCCGCCUUCUCGGAGAGGUUGCUCAAGAUCCCGGUGGCCCUGCCAGAGAUGGCCCGUGCUAGCGCUGCCUUCCAUCACACCCUCAAGCAGGUUGUUAUCUGUGGAGACCCACAAGGAGAAGACACAAAAGAUCUGCUUCGCUGUGUACACUCUGUCUACUGCCCAAACAAGGUGCUGCUGCUGGAGGAUGGCGCGGACUCCUCCUUCCUGCGCCGCCGGCUGCCCUUCCUGCGGGCGCUGGCACGGGAGGCCGGGAAGGCCACGGCCUACGUGUGCAGCGGCUCCGGCUGCUCGCUGCCCGUCACGGCGCCGCGGGAGCUGCGCGGGCUGCUCCUGGGAGCCCCCUAACAAAGCCACGCCGGGCACCGGCGGCAUCCCGUGCCCUUCUUGCGAGUUUCUGCAGGUUUUCCA